GAUAUUUAUAUCCAUCCCUAGCUCCUGUUUUAGACUAUUUAAAACUCCUGUUUAUGUCUCAAUUUCUGUUUCAAAAAUGUCAAAAAGAUAAAUAAAAAUCAAACCCACCGCUAUGGAUUCAAUGCAUGUAUGCGCAUAAUCAAUGCACAAGUGAACUUGCCCCACCAGUGGCAACCCUCUUGGAGGUCUGGCUUACAUAAUAGUACCCGCGACAGACCCCCUUCGCAAACGAAAACAACACCAGAAAAAAAUAAACAACAUAAACAAAAGCUGCUUAUGCUCCAGAGUUUCACCAAAUACUGUUCCACGAUAGUCGUCACUAGUGAGAAAGUGUGUGUAACUCAAAAGGCCUAUCGAAGAGGUGCUGUCUGCUGUCUGCGUUUGUUCUGUCUGCUUCCUGUGGUGAUUGUUCUUCGCGUCUUCCAAGCUCAUUUCCAAUAUCCCCAACGACCCAUUACUCGUCGAUAUCUGCUCCAGAUUCCUGUUUUUUCUGUUUUUUCUGUUUUAUACUUUUGCAGAUUCCCAUUUGGUCCAGAGAUUGUCAUUUUCUUGUGCCAGACGAUAGAAUUGCCAGUAAAUACACAACAGAAUUGACCUGGUUGAUUUUACAUCCCACAACACCCAUUGAUGCCUGCAGCUGCCUAGGGGGUUGGUCUUUUUGCGAUUUAUAUUACGGAUUUUCUUGCUUGUUUAUGGUUUUAUUUUUCAUUGAGAACAAAUCUUUUUAAUA